AUGGAUGAAAUGUAUUUGGACGUAGCUGGCGGAUAUGAAGAAGAUUGCAAAAUAACUCAAAUGCAGUACCACUCUUUCCUUCCGUAUUCGACUACAGCUUUAUCCUAUAACGAUGAAAUUAGAAUAUCUAUUCAAAAUAUGGACGCUUACACUUUACCUUGCGAGAGCUAUCUUUACAUUGAAGGUAAAUUAAAUAUACCUGCAGAUAUUACAGCAGAGAAGGGUGAAUUCAACUUUACAAAUAAUGGCUUAGCAUUUUUAUUUUCUGAAAUCCGAUAUGAAAUUAACGGAGUGGAAAUACAAAAAUUAAAAUCUCCUGGAAUAUCUUCGAGUCUUAAAGGUUUUUGCUCGCACACUCCGAGUGAAUUGAACAAUCUACAAAAUGCCGCUUGGGACGUAGAUAUGGAUGUCAGUGAAAAUAAACAUUUCAUGUUAAACAACAAAUUCGCUGGUUGUAUCCCGCUCAAACACUUGUUUGGAUUUUGUGAAGAUUAUAAAAAAAUACUACUCAACUGUAAUCAACAAAUAAUUUUAAACAGAUCAUCUACAGAUUUUGAUGCGUUAGUUAGUGAUAAAGAAAAAAUAAAACUGUUAAAAGUAUUACACUCUCGUAAACCAGUUGCAUGUGCGUUCAGAAGUUGGGACUUGUGCGAGUACCCAGUUCUCCCUCAGAACACUUCUCAUUCGUGGACGGUAAAAUCAAGAAGUUUGUUCGAGAAACCUAGAUUUGCAUUAAUCGGACUUCAAACCGAUCGAAAAAAUAAUUUAUUUAAUCCAUCAGGACGAUUCGAUCACUGCUAUUUGAAAAACUUAAAAGUACAUUUAAACUCUGAAGUAUAUCCAUAUGAAGAUUUUCGUGCAGAUUUUACAAACAAUGUUACGGCUAUAUUGUACAAGGCAUAUGCUGAAUUCCAGAAAUCGUACUACGAGAGAGAGUAUAGUGACCCUUUACUUCCUAAAAAUAUUUUUCAACAAUUUGUACCAAUCGUAGUCGUGGAUUUAUCACGACAGAAUGACAACGUAAAAUCAUCGACUGUAGAUUUACGAAUUGAAUUCGAAACAGACAAGGCCAUUCCAGCAAAAACCGCAGCUUAUUGUCUCAUUUUACACGAUCAAAUUAUAACUUAUAACCCAUUUAAUGGUGAUGUAAGGAAAUUGUAA